UCAUCCUGUUAACUGCUACGUCUCUUCCUUAUUAUCAUGGCCGCUCACAUGACUACACCAAGAGCUUGGGCUCUCCACCGCGAGUGCAUUAUUUUUCUCUCACUGCUGUUAAUCGGUAUUUCUAUGCAACAGACAGAGGAUUCUACACCAGAGUUUUCUACACCAGCGGUUCCUACACCAGCGGUUUCUACAAACAUCAUAGAUGAUACUUCUGAUUUUAUGAAGAACACCACAUCGUCUUCCAACACAAGUGAUGACUCUGCUACACCCUUCACUGCUCAAGAAAAUCUGAGCACCCCAUUAUCAAACAAAACAAUAAUAAGCAAUGAUACUGUUCAGGUUUCUUCACUUACAACACAAAGGGCUAGAAAUGCAGAGUCAGUUAACAUGACGGCUGUUUCUAAAAUUGUUAAAGCUUUGACACCAAUUGUUUCUGAUCCAACACAAGAUCCAACCUUAGCAGAAGAAAAUUUUCUUCAAAGUGAUAAAAAUACAGUGGCCACUACUGUAUCUUCCUCAUCAGAACUCGGAGAAAAUGAUAGCAAUGAUAUUGAUUAUGACGUUCAAGAUCCUUCUGAUACAGAUGUUAAUUUGAAUGUAGAUGAUACGGCUGAUAAUUUUAAUGAAGAUGAUAUACCAGUUGAUCGACAUCAAGCUGAUGAUGAUGAUGAUGAUACUGAUACUAAUAAUUAUGAGGAUGACGUUAAUGUGAAACUUGGAGCUGGGGUAUAUGUAGAAGAUGGAGACAGUCAUUUCUUUUUACAUUUGGUUAUAAUUGGAUUUCUGAUUGCUAUUGUAUAUGUUGCUUAUCACAACAAAAGAAAGAUUUUCCUUGUGCUGCAGAAAAGAAAAUGGCGUGAUGGUCUUUGUUCUAAAAACACAGGUUACCAUCGAUUGGAUCAGAAUGUAAACGAAGCAAUGCCUUCACUGAAAAUGACCAAUGAUUAUGUUUUUUGAAAGACUCUAAAGACUUUCUUCUAUAUCUUGCCAUUUUUUUUUACAAUAUUUUGCCAUAAGCUCUAUCUUUGAUGAUUUGAGACUGCACUUUUUUUCUCUAAAAUUAUAGUUUGUUUCCUUUUUUUGUAUUGCAACAGGGCAUUUUAUUUUUACUCUUUGAAAUGUGACAAUCCUAUAUCUGUUUUUUUUAAUGCAGUAAAUUAACAAAUAUGUAAUGUUAUUUGAUUGAGCAUCUGUGCUAUAGCAAAGGAAAAUAUUUUGAUUUCUUCUUUUUCUGUGUGCCUUUGGUAGAGAAUACGUAAAUAAGGAUUUGCAAGUAUUCCAAUGUUUAACUAGGGUAAUGUAUAUUUCAUAUUCAUAUCAAUCUAAUGAAAAAAAUAAAAUAUAUAUAAUUAUUUUAAAAACAAUAUCGAUGCAAAGAUCGAAUCAAAGAUUUUGAAGCUUAUAUACAUUUUCUUCCCCUUUUUAAUAGAGAUAUCAGGGACAUUAUAUUGUAUUUUAGUAGGUUAAGACUUGAAAAAUUGAAGAUUACACACACACAAUAUAUAUAUAUAUAUAUAUAUAUAUAUAUAUAUAUAUAUAUAUAAUGUGUGUACAUAUUUUUAUUUUGAUACUGAUAAUACUAUGUGCAAAUUUGGAACUAGAUGUACAUUUUAACAGCUUUAGACAUAGGGCUUUUUUCUAUCACUUUCCAUAGCUCAAGAAAAUCCACUCGGUUUACCAUUUAAAGAUGAAGAGUAAAUUAUUUCUAGAAGUUGGAAGAUAGCUAUUUAGUUGUUUGAACAGCUUGCCUAUUGCAAGACUGCAUAAAUAUAUAGUAAUUACAAGGUGUUUUGUCCCUUUAAGACUAUUCCCCAAAGUAGAAAGAUGUGCUGUUUAACGGUACAUAGAACCCCACAUGUUUCUUUGAUUCAGUAAGAGCAUACCAUUUUAAACAACUUUCUAAUUUACUUCAAUUAUCAAUUAUUUAUUCUCUUGGUAUCUUUUGAUGAAAAGCGUAAUUUUAAGAGCCUGUCCAUUUUUGGAGAACUAUUCAGCAGGAGUUUGGCAAGAAUGUUAUCCUUUGCAAGAGAACUAGAUGGCAAUACAAUUUCCUGCCUUGUAGUGCUCUACACACCUACAUAGGUAUCAACAAAGAAUACCAUGUGAACAAAGCAAAUUUGAUAAUAGAAGAAAUUUGGAAGCUUUUUAAUAAUGUUAUGUUCUGUCUGAAUCACAAAAUAUUUUUUUUGGGUUUCAUAGCCCUAAGUGUAAACCUAGACUAUAAGCUACAAUCUAUUGUGUUGAGCUGCUACAUGAGCUAUUUCACAUAACUUGAUUCCUUCAACUUAUUGGCUGGUAGUAUUGCUCUUUGCUGCAAAGGUUUAUUAUGUUGUUUACCAGGAAACCUUGUGUAAUUAGGGAUUCCACAAAAGGUUUACUUUAGUGUUGCUACUUGUGAAAAGAGGACAGCUUUUGCAAUAUAUACAGUAUUCAAGGACCAUUAUAUGCAACUGGUGCAUAAUAGACAACGCAAAAACUCUUUGAAUUUCAAAUGUGCAGUAGAUUUCCCCCCCCCCCUUUUCAUCUCUGUCCCCUGUAUCAUGUGAUAGCUGCCAAUCAAUCACCCAGACUCACUGCACAUGCUCAGUAGGAGCUGGUGCCUCAGAACAAUUUCAUAAUGGAAUUAAAUUGGAAAGUUGUUUAGAAUUGCACAUUCUAUUUGAAUUAUGAAAGUUUAAUUUUGACUUUCAUGGCCCAUUCAGAUUGCUGUUGGGUAUGUAUGGGUUUCCUUAGUAAAGUUGAAGCCUUAAUCUUUCUGUGGCUAAAAUCAGCUGCUCAAAAUUAAAUCUUCCAUAAAAUGUUUGAGCAUAAGAAAAUGUGAAAUUUAUAUUCCCCCUUUUUUUUUUUUUUGUCUGCUUAUCCUUUAAACUGAAAAUUGUGCUUUUUCCCCACUUUCCUUCCCAGAGAGGCCUGGAAGCAUACUUAAGUAUGCUGUAUUUUAUUGGACUUAGCUCCAUUUUUCUAAUUGCUUACAUUUGUGCUCAAGAAUAUUUAUAUCUUGCCCUGUCUGAUCACAGCAAAGGACAUGAGAUAAACAUACUGAAGCAUUUCAAGGGAUAUGUUCGUGGACUGCUCUUAACAAAUCCUUGUUUAUUUUGAUAACAAGCCCUAGUUUUAAAUUCUUAGAAGAACCAAAAAACCAAAGGAUUCUGGGUAAGAUAUGCAAAUUAGGUUCACAUUGACGCACCUUUUUACUUAGUCUGCUCUAACCCUAGCUAAGCUUAUAAGCUGUGUGAACAGCGAUGCUUUGGCGUUAAGGGAAUCUGCUGAAAAGCAGUCUUGAAGUAAAAAGGUGUGUCGUGAACCUAAUUUGCAUAUCUUACCCAGUAUCCUUUGCUGCAUUGGAAACCAUGUAUUCCAGAGGUUUUCUGUGGGAAAAACAAGCCUUCUGGCCUGUCUAGAUUUGUUAAUGAACUACACAAGUUAUUUUCUAUAUUUUGUGCGUAGUGGAGGAUUUUAAACUUACCUUUUACCUCCCCCUAAUUUUAAACGUUGAUAUCUAUAUAUCUCAAAAGUUAAAUACCUUUUUUAAAGUGUACUUAAAUGGAUAUGACACCCAUUUUUUUUUCUUUCAUGAUUCAGAUAGAGCAUGCAGUUUUAAGCACCUUUCUAAUUUACUCUUAUUAAUUUUUCUCUUAUCUUUAUUUUAAAAAGCAGGAAUGUAUGCUUAGGAGCUGGCCCAUUUUUGGUUCAGCACCCUAGGUAGGGCUUGCUGAUUGGUUUCUAUAUUUAGCCACCAAUCAGCAAGUUCUACCUAAGCACUGAACCAAAGACUCCUAAGCUUUACAUUCCUGCGUUUUAAAAUAAAGAUACAAAGAGAACAAAGAAAAAGUGAUAAUAGGAGAAAAUUAGAAAGUUGCUUAAAAUUGCAUGCUCUAUCUGAAUCAUGAAAGAAAACAAAAUGUGGGUUUCAUAUCCCUUUAAUUGUUCGAAUAUCUGAGAAAGCUAUGUUUAAUUUAGACUUUAGUUUUUCAUUUCUGUCUCGGGCUGAUAAAUUUUAAUCUUUUGCCCUAUUUCAUGGUACAAAUAAAACUAGCUAGGUUUAUAACAUACCUGUACAAAUAUACUAUCUGGUAUGGUUUACAGAAAUACAUUGUUUGCAGAAUAUUACGUUAGAUUUGUUUUUAUGCACCCUUAAAGGGACACUAAACCCCAAUUAUGUUUUAUCUGCAAUCGCAAUAUUAACAUAUUUUCUAUUUUGUAACUUGCAUUGCGUAACAAAGAAGUACCAUACAUUCGCAAUCCAAUUUUGAAAAACCAAAUAUUUCCAAACCCAUCACCGGCUAUGAUUUCCCAUCCUCCAAUUUAAACUGAUAACUCAGGUUAUGAUAAUGGGGGAGUUUGCCGCUAUGCGCAUGCGCAAACUGCUCAAUUGUCAUACUCUACGUCAGUCACAUCAAUAGAGCAGACCGGCUGUAUCGAUGUUAGAGCUGAUGACUGCACUGCGAGAAUCUCCCUGAAAAUGAGCAUAAAUUCAAUCAUUAUUGAAAUUGACAUAACAUAGGAGGGGAUAUGCGUAAAUGUAUGGAUCGCAUGUGCAUGGUGACACUAUAGUAAAUUAAUUAUAUGCUAGAAAUCGCCAUCGGAUUGGAAAUGGAUUUCUAUAAUGCACGACCCAUUUUAGAGGGUUGUCUUGAACGUCAUAGCCGAAAAUGAUAGAUUAAUAUUAUAAUGCUUAGAAACAUCAUUUGAGUUUAAAAGUAGGUACUUUAUAAUAUAUGCACCUUUUUGUUUUUUGAAAUUUGUGUUCCCGGUGUACACUAUAAAAAACAAAGCUUUGGAAUCCUUUAAUUAAUGGACACUAAUUGUAGAUAUGCUGAUGGAAUGUUUCCUAUUGUAUAUUUUUGUAAGACAUUGUUUAUCAAUGUUACACCACUGUAUUUUAACAUGGUAGAAUUUUCUAUUUUUGGGGUAAUCGGAUUUCUAUAUUUUAAAGCAUGAAGUUUUAUGCUCGCUACGCUAAUUGCGCAACAGAAAUAGUGAGGCUGCUUCAUUCAACAGUAAGCAGUCUCACUGUUUCUGUUGCGCAAAUAGCGUAGCGAGUUGCACAUGCGCGGUUCAUCUUGCAGGUUCACAGCGUGCUGUGAUUAAUUUACAUGGUGCGCAUAGUGAGGCUCUGAUUGUCUGAAAGACCUGCCAGUCAAAAAUGCUUAAGAGAAAAUCGUUGAGAGAGGCUGCUUUAAAUCAGGUAACGGAACCUGACAAAAAUGUUCAUUAUUAAAAGUGGAUUUGACUUUGGAAUGCAAAAAGCAUAUCAAUAUGCUAGUUAGGACAAAAGCUUUCAUUAUAUGUGAUUUUAUGUUGGCUUAUUUACCAUCACUUUAACUUAAAAAAUCCUCCAUUUAUUUUUUUUAAUUACCAAGUAAAUAAAGCUUCCAUAAGCUAUUACAUGUGUGAAUGGGAAAUGUGUUGCAGUAUGUUACAAUAAAAAAGACGUUUUUUUUUUUUUUUUUUAAAGUUAUCUUUGUAUUAAUACAUUUUGUGGUACUGCUCUUUUUUUCAGAUAAUAAAGUACAUACACAAUGAUGGGUUAUAAGCCUAUACCUCAAUAAAUUAUGUUUAAAUACAA